AUGGAAGACAAAUAUUUUGGAUGGGAUGAAAUUUCUAAUGGAUUAAUUUUAUUAGAGUAAUGAAACAUCUAAAAAUUCAAAUACUUCAUAUUUUUAUAUAAAUUACAAAUUAUAAUUUGUUUAUAAAUAAAAUACGAAUGUAAUUGAAUUAAUAUCUUUUUCAUGUUUGAAUAUUAGUACACAAAAGACUGAAGAUGAGCAUAUUAAAAAAAUUAAACUGCAGUCUAAUCUUGAUCAUCAAUCAAAAGUAUAUUGUCCACACUCAUACUUGAUUUUAAAUUUCUAUGAAACUUUAAGUCAACGUGAUAAGCUUAGAUUUAGGAAAUAUUAUUUAAGGAAAGUAUCUCCAAACGAACCGGAUGUUAUUAUUUUGCAAGAUAUAAAAGAUCUCGUGAUGUUCUUAUUAAUCACUCCCAUAAGUCCUCAAUUUGUGAAUUUCUUUCAUUUACCAGUUGUGGAUCGUUUUUUGAGAGCAGCAAUUCUUUAUUUUCAAUAUUAUAUAAUAACAUGGGAAGAGUUAAUGAAAGAACGUGCAGCUACUAUGAAAAAGGCACCAAAUCCCUUAGCUCAGGGCUAUAGAUUUAGAUAUGCAGAAGAAAUGCAAAAUCUUCGUUGUGUUUUAGGUAGAGAAUAUGCUGAUUUAAUAGUAGGUUGUCAAGAUAUUAUUCAAUAUCAUCAUAUGACUAGUGGAAAAAAAGGAGUUCCAUCUUUAACACAAUCACAAGGAGAAAAAGAUUUGAGAAUAUAUGAGGUAUUAAUUUGUAUGACGCACCGUAUUGUUUGGAUAGCUUUAGAACGCAAAUAUUUCAGUUUAAUUGGUGAACAAAAAGGUAGGAUAUUUGUUGUAGAAAUUGAAUUGCAUAGAUUAUUUAGAACUGAAACAUAUAAUAUAGCAGAAAAGCGAAAUAUUUCUCAUACAAUUCAAGAUAUGUUGCCUGAUGACAUUCAAGUAUUGCAAGGUCACAAAAUACAAGAAAAAAGAAAAUUACUAAGAAAUUCACCCUUAAUACAAGAGUUGAUAUAUUCAGAUUCUGAUUAUCGUCUUCUAUCUUUAGGAAUAGAAGACAAUUUAAAUGACAAACGCAUUCUUUAUUUACAAUAUGCACUUGUUAUUGAAGAAGAUAAAUUACAUGAAUUAGGAAUAAAAGUUGGAAUUUUAGGAGAAAAUAGAACUAAUUAUGAUAUCUUAUUAAUGCCUUUGGAAGAAAAAGAUGAAAAACAAGACAAAAUUCAAUUAUCUGAUAAAAGAAAACAUGGAAGAAUAAAAAAUAUUAAAGAUACAAUACAAGAUACACAAAUAUCUAUAAAAAUUCAAAGAUUUCCAUCCUUUGAAACUGAACCUGAUUUAACACAAGAUUUUUCAAUGAAGAUAAUUAAUAUUUCACCAAAAGGAUACAAAAUUCCUCGUGAAAAAGCAAGAAAAAAAUGGCUGAUUAGAGAAAUAAAACGCCAGGCACAUAAAGAGAUAGAUACAUAUUCAAUAGCAACAAUAGAUUAAUUAUUUUCUUAAAAAUAAACUAAGAAUUAUAAGCAUAUUUAUAUUUACAAUAUAAAUUAUUGUAAUGUGAAAUAACUUUAUUUUCUUUCAAUUGGACUUAAUUUUUUCUAAACUUUUAUUUUUAACUAAAAUUUGAGAAAAUAAUAAUAAUUUCAAUAAAAGUGUUAAU